CGUCAUUUUAAAUGUGCAAUACAAUCGAGAUGGACAAGUUUCCGGAUGAGAGCUCGUUGUUUCUUACAAAACGACGUCGGAAACGGAGAACAAUCAAGAUCAAUACUGUAAUGGGUGAAGCCUUUGACCUCAAAGUGAGAGACUCAGAUAGCAUCUACAACGUCAAAGAACGUUUAGCCUCAGUCAUAGACAUCCCUGCUCACCUGCAGUCUUUAGUAUACAACGGUAAGGAAUUAAAAGACGACCAAGUACGUGUAGAUACCCUUGGUAUAUCCGAUGGCUCCUCACUGACGCUUGUACAGAAAAUACAGACCGGCUUGAUAGACAGUAUUUCAUUGGAUGUACCCUAUCGUCAGUCGUUCAAAAGUGAGGCGCAGCAGAUGGAACUCCACGGGAAGGCCAUCUUGGAGAAACUGUCUGAGGUGCCUGAACUGAAACACAUGCUCUCCGAUCAGGCUACUAUAUUCGAGGUAUUUCCAGAUGAAAACGGAUUUCAGGUGUUGGUGAGAACUACGGAGGCGUCUACGUCUGGGUUGUCGACUGCAGCAUCGUCGUCGGAAGUCGAAAAUAGAACAGAUCUUAAUUUAGAUCUGAGCGAAGAUUCCGGUCCUGGAGACACGAUAGAUAGUGGAGAAAUAACGGAGGCUGAUGCAUUUAAGCAAGAGUUAUUAAGGGCGAGAAAGGCUGCGUUCAGUUCACGAGGUAAUAUCAGUAGUGGAACUGAGCUUCUAUCGGACCGCUUAUUCAACGAUCCCGAUAUAGAUUUGACUGUGGUGAGAAAGGCGUUUAUGGAGGACAUGGACGAGAUAGGAAAGCUAAAAAACAAGAGGAAAGAGAAUGAGAAAGAUGUGGCUAAAUCAACAGAGGAUACAAACACCCGCGAUAAAAUGGCCGAAUUACGGAAGAAAAUGGCGCAACGGAAGAAGCGGAAGGAUGUGGAAUCCUGUUCCAGUGAUAUUGAGACUGUAAAGUCGAAUCAGAAUGACAAAAAGGUGAGAUAUAGUAGUGACUUGAAAGCUCUUGAGAAGAUCCGGAAGCUUGAAGCCGGUUGCGAAGCUUUACCAGUACAGGAUAAGGAGACUACAAUAGAUGCAGAGCUGCCCGUUGCUGAUGUCCGAGAGAACAUUACCAGUGAGGACGAUACCAGUGCUAAAAUUCAGAAGUCGAAUAAUAUAUCGAAUAGCUCCACUAAUCGAUGUUUCCGUUGUGCAACUAAGCUUCCUUUGGUACGACACGCUUGUAAAUGUGAGAUGUUUUUCUGCUCGCUGCACAAACAAGAUCAUGAGUGUUCGCACUCUUAUACCUAGUCAAUAUAAGCUUGUAUUAGAAUAAAGUGGAAUAUCUAUCGUUCUGCUAAGAAUGUUUCGGCACGAAAAUUGAACCUGUACGUUCAACUGUGGUAAUUCAUUGAAUACAACGGCCUAGACCUAGGAUCGAUUUAUACUUAAACGUCGCACUAUGGGGUUUUAAUAUUGUAUGUUGUCUAUAGCCAACUAACAUUCGAUACCUAUGGUCAAAGGUGUUUCAAAUCAUGUUUUAUUGUUGCCGUUCUACUAUUCUAUUUCUUGUCGCAUUCUCCUUCAAAUCAGCGUUCCGUCGACCAUAAAAAUCAGGUUUGCAAAUAGCGUUUUCGUGUCAAGCAGAUCCUGAGUGUAUACUAACGUUUAAGCACCAGUGGUAGUCUUUGGUAUGUACAUGCAGGUGUAUGAUGUAAGUUGGUAACGUUUGAAAUUCGUUGACUAGAGACCG